GGGAAGAUGGCGGCGCCGGAUCCCGGGCGCUGGGGCGAGUGUGGCCCUCGGCCGCCGGGUCGGCUGGGCGCACGGGCUGGUCAGGAGCUGGGGACCGUGCUCGGUGCUGUGGGCAUGAUGGAUCUGGCCUACGUGUGUGAGUGGGAGAAGUGGCCCAAAAGCAUGUACUGUCCCUCGCUGCCAUUGGCCUGUGCCUGGUCCUGCCGUAACCUCAUAGCCUUCACCACGGACCUCCGCAACGAUGACCAGGACCUGACUCGUAUGAUUCAUAUCCUGGACACUGAGCACCCAUGGGAAGUCCACUCCUUCAACUCAGAACACAGCGAAGCCAUCACCUGUCUUGAGUGGGACCAGUCAGGCUCCCGGCUCCUAUCAGCUGAUGCUGAUGGGCAGAUCAAAUGUUGGAGCAUGGCUGACCACCUAGCCAACAGCUGGGAGAGCUCAGUGGGCAGCAUGGUGGAGGGGGACCCCAUUGUGGCCCUGUCCUGGCUUCACAAUGGUGUGAAGCUGGCAUUGCAUGUAGAAAAGUCAGGCGCCUCCAGCUUUGGCGAGAAGUUCUCUCGUGUGAAGUUCUCACCAUCACUCACACUGUUUGGUGGCAAGCCCAUGGAAGGCUGGAUCGCAGUGACUGUCAGUGGCCUGGUCACUGUGUCCCUGCUGAAGCCCAGUGGGCAGGUGCUUACGUCCACUGAGAGCCUGUGCCGAUUGCGUGGCCGUGUAGCACUGGCUGAUAUUGCCUUCACGGGUGGUGGGAAUAUCGUAGUGGCUGCUGCAGAUGGCAGCAGCGCGUCCCCUGUCAAGUUCUACAAGGUGUGCGUGAGCGUGGUCAGUGAGAAGUGCCGAAUUGACACGGAGAUUCUGCCCUCCCUGUUCAUGCGAUGUACCACUGACCCUGACCGCAAGGACAAAUUCCCCGCCAUCACCCACCUCAAGUUCCUGGCCCGGGACAUGUCCGAGCAGGUGCUCCUGUGCGCGUCCAGCCAAACCAACAGCCUGGUGGAGUGCUGGUCCCUGCGGAAGGAGGGGCUUCCAGUCAACAACAUCUUCCAGCAGAUCUCGCCUGUGGUUGGAGACAAACAGCCCAUGAUCCUCAAGUGGCGGAUCCUGUCAGCCACCAAUGACCUGGACCGCGUGUCAGCUGUGGCACUGCCCAAAUUGCCCAUCUCACUCACCAAUACUGACCUCAAGGUGGCAAGUGACACCCAGUUCUACCCCGGCCUCGGCCUGGCCCUGGCAUUCCAAGAUGGCAGUGUCCACAUGGUGCAUCGGCUGUCCCUGCAGACCAUGGCAGUCUUCUACAGUUCUGCGGCCCCCCGGUCCCUGGACGAGCCGGCCCUCAAGCGCCCUCGCACCACGGGUCCCGCCGUGCACUUCAAAGCCAUGCAGCUGUCAUGGACGUCCCUGGCCUUGGUGGGCAUCGACAACCACGGGAAGCUCAGCAUGCUGCGCAUCGCACCAUCACUCGGCCACCCCCUGGAGGCCAAGCUGGCCCUGCAGCACCUGCUGUUCCUGCUGGAGUACUGCAUGGUGACCGGCUACGACUGGUGGGACAUUCUCCUACACGUGCAGCCCGGCAUGGUGCAGAGCCUGGUGGAGCGGCUGCACGAGGAGUACACACGCCAGAAGCCCGCCCUGCAGCAGGUCCUUUCCACGCGGAUCCUGGCCAUGAAGGCCUCUCUGUGCAAGCUGUCCCCCUGCACGGUGACACGCGUCUGUGACUACCACACCAAGCUGUUCCUCGUGGCCAUAAGCUCCACCCUGAAGUCCUUGCUGCGGCCCCACUUCCUCAACACGCCAGACAAGAGCCCUGGUGACCGGCUGGCCGAGACCUGUGCUAAAAUCACAGAUGCUGACAUUGACAAGGUCAUGAUCAACCUGAAGACUGAGGAGUUUGUCCUGGACAUGAACACCCUGCAGGCCCUUCAGCAGCUCCUGCAAUGGGUGGGCGACUUUGUGCUCUACCUGCUGGCCAGCCUGCCCGACCAGGGUUCCCCGCUGCGGCCAGGCCACAGCUUCCUGCGUGACGGCACCUCUCUGGGCAUGCUGCGUGAGCUAAUGGUGGUCACCCGCAUCUGGGGCCUGCUGAAGCCCAGCUGCCUUCCAGUUUACACAGCUACCUCGGACACCCAGGACAGCAUGUCCCUGCUCUUCCGUCUGCUCACUAAGCUAUGGCUGUGCUGCCGUGAUGAGGGCCCAGCCAGUGAGCCAGAUGAGGCCCUGGUAGACGAAUGCUGCCUGCUGCCUAGCCAGCUGCUGGUCCCCAGCCUGGAUUGGCUGCCUGCCAGUGAUGGCCUGGUCAGCCGCCUGCAACCCAAACAGCCCCUGCGCCUGCGCUUUGGCAGGGCACCCACUCUGCCCAGCAGCGCCUCUGCCCUGCAACUGGAUGGCCUCGCCAGGGCCCCUAGUCAGCCCAAGAUCGACCACCUGCGGAGGCUGCACCUGGGUGCCUGCCCCACGGAGGAGUGCAAGGCUUGCACCAGGUGUGGCUGCGUGACCAUGCUAAAGUCACCCAACAAGACCACGGCUGUGAAGCAGUGGGAACAGAGGUGGAUCAAGAACUGCGUGUGUGGGGGGCUGUGGCGGCGGUUGCCCCCCAGCUGCCCCUAACGUGCUGGUAAUAGGCUCAUAGGCUGUGUGACUGCAUUGCUACCCUCACAUGACGGUGAAACAUUGAUACAUCCGUGGUGCCUGCCUUUGUGAGGGACAGUUGUAGCCAGAACCUCCAUCACUGGAGAAGACCGGAUAGAGUCUGGCCCUCACUUCACCCCCAGGACCUGAGGUCAGGAGUGCAUCAGGCUGCCAAGGCCCCAGCCUGGAGGAUCUGAGCCAGCUGUGCACAUCUGUCCUUUAAAACAAACGUCCCCAGUAUAUCUGCCACUGUCCAGAUGGGGGCUAUGGGUGCUUCUGAACCUGGGUGGGAAGUCCAUCAGCCUCAGUUUCCCUCUUGGGGCUGUGGAGCACUUCUGAGCCUGGAUGGGAAGGGCAGCCCAAUAAACAUCCAUUAUUGUCCCA